AUGGAUAUUCAAAAGUACAUAAAGGUUGAGAAGGUUCCUGGUGGCCAGUUGGAAGAUUCAGUGGUUCGCAAAGGAGUAAUGAUUAACAAAGAUGUUAUUGCACCUGGAAAAAUGAGAAGAAAGAUUUUCAACCAACGCAUCAUUCUUCUUGAUUGGCCGCUCGAAUAUAAGAAAGGCGAGAACCAAACAAAUGCUGAGUUGCUUAAAGAAGAAGAUUGGGGAGUCCUGCUACAAUUGGAAGAAGAAUACAUCGAGAGGCUAUGUGUGCAAAUAUUGAAGUUUAAACCAGAUGUGAUAUGGGAUGCCUACAACGUGAAGGGCCAGAGUUUUAAAACGGCCAUAGAAGCUGCUUGCCUACUUCUCAGAAUCGAUGACAUUGUUAGUGGGAUGAAGAAGAAGCAGCCUCCUGGUGCCAAAGCUCCUUCCAAGCCUCAAGUUGAGACAGAAGGCGAUGCAGAUAAUGAGCAAAUAAUUCCGGAGUGCUUAUGGAGAGCACGUGGUUAUCUCAGUUUGAAUGAAGUUUUGCUUUAA